CAGGAGUUCUCGCGCUGGGUGCUCCAGUAUUGUAAACCAUAGAAAAAAAAAUGAAUUUCUAUGUUGUAAACAACAUGGCGCAUCACGGACUAAGCAACUUCGGUCUGGUAUUAUCUUGAAAACAUCGGCAGCGAAAACGGCGCAUCAUCCACAGAUAACAACCGUUUUGUUAAACUGACUCGUGACGACAUAAUUGGCAAGUUAUUUAGCUUAAUAUACCACCGGAGAGAACAGCACCAAAUAACUGUCAAGCGCGUGUAACGCGUUAUACUUAAAACAGUGUAGGUUUAGGCGAGGCUAGCUGGCUUAGCUAGCUAGCUAGCUAGUCAGAAAAUUCAUCCGAUGGUUAGCUCGUUUUUUGUAACUAACGUUAGAGCAAGUAGCUUGAUGAUUUAUGGCACUGCAUUUUCUUAGCUAGCUAAGUAUUUUGGUAGUAGUUGUAUGUGUGUCAAGAAGACACGGUUAAUCUCUUACACGUCAGGCAGCUCACCCAUACACAGGUUAACAUAUUUAUUUUAAAGUAACUAUCCAGUGUUUCCAUAUUGCUAUGAAGUAUGACUUAUAAUUAAUUACAACAUCAGUGAAAUAGUUUUCCUUCCAAAAAAUGGUAAUUAAAGCAGCUAAGUUAUAUGUAACUUUUUGGGCGACACGACCAAAUUCACAUUGAAAAGCUAUUUCACAUCGGUUUAAAUGGUACAAUAUUUCUCUAUAUAACUAUUAGAAUCUUAGUAACCAGCAAAUGGCAGAGCGAUUUCUGCAUAUUGCACCUUUAAGUAUGUUAAUAAGCAGCUUUUCUGUGUUCGAAUGGUGUGAGUGUAACCCAACUACAGAAUGGUGUGGUUUUAUAUGUCAUGAAAAAUAUCUAUGCAAGAAGACAGCUGAUUUGGCAGUUCAUUCUCCUCAUGAUGACAUCAUCCUCUAUGAGGAAUUAGCAAGCAUCAGAGCCAUAUACACUGAGUGUCCAAAACAUUAGGAACACCUUCCUAAUAUUGCGUUGCACCCCCUUUUGCCCACAGAACAGCCCCCACCCCAUCCCCCUCUUUUACGCUGCUGCUACUCUGUUUAUUAUUUAUGCAUAGUCACUUUAACUCUACCCACAUGUACAUAUUACCUCAAUUACCUAGACUAGCCGGUGCCCCCGCACAUUUACUCUGUACCGGUACCCCCUGUAUAUAGCCUCCCAACUGUUCUUUUAUUUUACUGCUGCUCUUUAGUUAUUUGCUUUUAUUUUUUUACUUAACACUUUAUUUUAUUUUACUUUUUCUUUAAAAAACUGCAUUGUUGGUUAAGGGCUUGUAAGUAAGCAUUUCACUGUAAUGUCUACACCUGUUGUAUUCGGCGCAUGUGGCAAAUAACAUUUGAUUUGAUUUGAAUUCGUCGGGGCAUGGACUCUACAAGGUGUCGAAAGCGUUCCACAGGGAUGCUGGCCCAUGUUGACUCCAAUGCUUCCCACAGUUGUGUCAAGUUGGCUGGUGGACCAUUCUUGAUUCACACAGGAAACUGUUGUGUGAAAAACCCUUCAGCGUUGCAGUUCUUGACACAAUCAAACCGUUCAAAGGCGCUUCAAUCUUUUGUCUUGCCCAUUCACCCUCUGAAUGGCAAACAUACACAAUCCAUGUUUCAUUUGUCUCAAGGCUUAAAGCUGCAAUAUGUCACUUUUUGGCGACCCAAACAAAUUCACAGAAAUUUUUUAUAGAUCUGUCAUUUUCUUUUUUUGUUAUACUUUUUACCCCCUUUCCUCCCCAAUUUCAUGAUAUCCAAUUGGUAGUUACAGUCUUGUUCCAUCGCUGCAACUACCGUACGGACUCGGGAGAGGCGAAGGUCGAGAGCCAUGCGUCCUCUGAAACACGACCCCACCAAGCCGUACUGCUUCUUGACAAGCUGCUCGCUUAACCCGGAAGCCAGCCGCACCAAUGUGUCGAAGGAAACGCUGUACAGCUGGCGACCGAAGUCAGCCACAAGGAGUCGCUAAAGCGCGAUGGGACAAGGACAUCCCAGCCGGCCAAACCCUCCCCUAACCCGAAUGACGCUGGGUCUCCCGGUCGCGGCCGGCUGCGACACUGCCCGGGAUCGAACCCGGAUCUGUAGUGACGCCUCAAGCACUGCGAUGCAGUGCCUUAGACCGCUGCGCCACUCGGGAGGCCCAAUCUGUCUUUCUCAUUGGAAGCAAGUCUAAGAAGCGGUAGAUCUGUUCUAUGUAUGCUAUUUCUAUGCUUCCCGUUCUUAAGUUUCGUUUUUGCGUCUUUUGUUUUUGUUUUUGUACACCAGCUUCAAACAGCUGAAAAUACAAUAUUUUUGGUUAUGGAAAAUAUAUUUCACAGAGGCUUAGAUGGUUCUAUACACUACACUUGCUUGUUUUGUCACAUAAACUGAAAUUAAUCGAACUAUUAGAAUUUUUGCAACUAGGCAAUGGCGGAGUGAUUUCUGCAUAGUGGGGAAAUAUAUAUAUAUAUAUAAACACAGGAAAUGAUGUUUUUUACUGCACUGGGCCUUUACAGCAUUUGUCAUCAUUAUUCACUUCUCAUAGACAACAACAUUGACUUCCCUGGCAGGCUCUCGGUCUAUGGGCUCUCAGUCUAGUUCUGGGAUGUCCGGCGGUCGGGGCUCCAGCGGCAACCCUGACCAGUCUGAAGCGGAAUCCAACCAGAGCAGCAGCAGCAAUAACAGUAACAGCAGUAGAGGUCGCCGAUCAGCUGAGGGACAGCAGGGUGACAGGCAGUCAACAGCAGAGGAGGACGUCGAUUUAGCUCAAGUGCUGGCUUACUUAUUGAGGAGGUAAGUUGAAGCUGAGACUGGGAGACAGUCUGACCAUAGCCUGUACAGUAGCUAAAGAGUAGACCUAGCACUAAAGAAGUGCUCUUUGCUCCAUGUAAAAAAAAAAAAUACUCAACACAAACUCACAUUACUGCUUCUCAGCAGAAGGGAAAACAAAACUUUUUCCAUCAUCAUAGCGCUUAUAAGGAAAUUAGGCCAAUGCAGAAUGGAGUGCUUGCUCCUCUGGAGUUGUAUUCUAUGUGUAGCCUAGUCCUAAUUCAUGUCAAUGAGCACAAGUGUUUCCCCAUCCCUCUCCCCAUCUUUGUGUGUACAUGAAGGGGCCAGGUGAGGCUGGUCCAUGGGAGUGGAGCAACAGGCCUGCAGCUCGUCCAGUCGUAUUCGGACUCUGACGAGGACAGCGAUGGGGCCUGGGAGGGGCGCCUAGGAGACCGUUACAACCCUCCCGGUAAACCAAGCUGGGUGUCAUUGUUUGAGUGUGCACUAGUCACAUUAAUCCUACUUUUUAUUUUGUGUGCAAGCAAUGGAAGAAAAACAACCAAAAAACAUAAUGCUAUUCCUUUUAUCUGAUAUAGUGCUAUUCAUAUAGAUAUUCCAAUGCACUUGACGCCACAGUUACAUUUAAAAUGAAAAGUAUUGGCAUGUUUGUUUCACAAGUGUGUAUACCUACUUGCAUGCCCCAAUGGUCUCUUGCUGACUGCUGCUGUGUCUUGUGUCUUGACAGUGGACUCCCAGCCAGACACUCAGGAGUUGGACCGGAGUGAAAUCCGGACUCAGAUCCUCCUGACCACAGCCUCAUCUGACCUGAAAGGGAGGCAAAGCUUCACCCACAUGCUGACAGAGGUGAGGGCAAGCAUUGUCAUGUUGGGUCUGCUGUGUUCCUCAGGUCUAGAGGGUGACUCUGAUUUGUGUUAUUCUUUUAGAGGGAACAAGGCCGGUGUCGAGGCUCCAGUUUUUCUCACGGAGAGUGCAGUCGCAUUCGCUCACAGUGAGUAUUACCAAAAAGCUGCACAUCCACACGCUAAAACUAAUUGCGUGAAAGGGGAUGUCUUAUGAAUUGUUACACUUAAAAGUUCCAAUGAAUAAAGCCUUAUUUAUCAGACCAUUGACCUGAAUGUUGUUGCUGAAAUCCCUUGGUGUUCCGUUUGCAUUUCUCCUUAGUUUCCUGCCCAAUCAUGUGGCACACAAGGACACAUACCAGCAGAAAGCAUUCUGUGGUGUGUACAGUGACGAUGGCAACAUGUUCCUCUCUGCCUGCCAAGGUAAGGACGUGAACACAACCAUUACAGUGGACUGGGAAAACGAUUCAAAUUCCUUUAGUUCUUAACCACAUCGCUGUGUUUACAUGUACAUUUACAAAAUGGAUAUUAAAACAAUGUCAAAUUUUUAUUUGUAGUGACCACUGAUUUCUAACACAUGCAUCCCUUCCCUGGCUUUCCUAGACCAGAACAUCCGUUUGUAUGACACAAGUAGGGGGCGCUUUAACCUGAAGCAGACUGUGAAGGCCAGGGACGUGGGCUGGAGCGUUCUGGACGUAUGCUUCACCCCCGACUCCCACAACGUGCUCUACUCCAGCUGGUCUGAUUACAGUAAGGCUAGGUCACCAGUGUGAAAAUACCACCCACACUGGGGGGUGCUGAUAUUUCAGUCACCCUGACCUUACCACAGAUGAAGGAAUGUGUAGGAUUAUAACUUAAUUUGAAGAUAGGGAGGUGGGAGGACAGCGCUUCAACCAACAUGAGACGAGGUGCAGUCGGUAAUCACAGCUAUGUCGAUCUAAAGAAAGAAAGAAAAAAACUAAAUUCUUGCUCAUUUUGAAACAAAUGAUUUCUAAACAUUAAAACUGAUGUUUUUUGCCAUCACGAUCUUCACCAGAAUAUGUCUAUUUUGGGCUUCUUGUCAUGAUGUCAUUGGGGUGUAUUGUUGUGUAUUUUGUACUGAUGUGUGCUUUCUUGUACCCCUCUAGUUCAUGUCUGCAGUGUAGAUGGAGACAGUGAAACCCACACCGCCCUGGACCUCAAGUUAGUGUUUCCCCUCAUAGUACUUAUAGCUUAACCAAUCAGGUAAUAAACCAUUCUACCUGCAAUCCUCUUCAUUCACAAGGAUGCAUGACCUUGGAACUAGCCAUCAUCUCAACUGUCCAUUGUUCAUUUUGUGUGCCACUAAUGGAGCAACAGGAACCAUUUAAAUUAGAUUAGUUCAUAAUGUAUUACAUGGAAAGCUGAGCGCCUCCAUUUAUGUGAUUUUCCAUUUACUUCCUGCUCUUUGGGCCAAAUCCUAACUAAAUGCCUUCUUUGUACCUUCAACUUUUACUUAAGUUAUAUGAAUUCAUGUCGAGGGGAGACUUGCACUAGCCUCGUGAGCCACCCUGAUGAAUGGUUCGCUGCAUCAGGGCGGCUCGCAAGGCUACUUUUCCACUGAACUUUGAGUUACACGCAUGUUUCUCUGAAGAGAGCAGCACCAUUUUAGGCCUGUUAUUUCCAUGGGUUGUAGAUGAUGUUCCAUAAUUGGAGAUGUCUCAGUGGGGGAGGCUGGUUAAUGUUCUGUUCUUCCCUCUUAGCCCAGACGAGAGGAGGUUCUGUGUCUUCUCUCUGGCUGCCUCCACAGACGGAAAAGAGAUCCUUGGAGGGUUAAUGCACCCAAUUUAUUAAUCCCAAUUUUCAGAUCAAUUUAGGGCAGCGUUUAAAGCAUACAGUACAUCUCUCACUCUCCGUUUCUGUAUUUUCUUCACAGAGCAAACGAUGGCUGCCUCUACGUCUUUGAUCGUGAACAGAAUAAGAGAACCCUUAAGGUCUGUCUGUGUGUCUGUCUGUGUGUCUGUCUGUGUGUGUGUCUGUGUGUGUGUGUGUCUGCUUAUGGACCAUAUUUGCUGUUGCUGUUGACAUUGGCACUGCAAGUAUUUAGUCACACCCUGGUCACCCUCUGUCUGCCCACCAAGCUUCACACCAUCGCCUUGCUGACGAUAGAGCCAUCCCUCCUCACUGGGUUGACCUCUGCCAUCUGUCCUCUCUCUCGCUCUCUCUCUGUCUUACACACACUCUCUCUCCCCCCCUCUUCCUUUCUUUCUUCCCCCCUCGCUCCUCUUCCCUCCUCCCCUUCUCCUCAGAUUGAUGCUCACGAGGACGACGUGAACGCGGUGGCGUUUGCUGACAGCUCGUCUCAGCUGCUGUUCUCGGGCAGCGACGACGCGCUCUGCAAGGUGUGGGACAGGCGGACGCUGCGGGAGGACAGACCCCAGCCCGUGGGCCAGCUGUCUGGACACAGAGACGGCAUCACCUUCAUACACAGCAAGGUAAUAGAAAAAAACUCUACCUGUGUGUGUAUGUGUCCAGCAUUUGUAAUCACCCUCAUACACAGUAAGAUACAAUGUAUGUAAUCAUCCAUAUCAAUUCUAUUCGAAUACAUACAGUGCCCACAGAAAGUAUUCAUACCCUUUGACUUAUUCCACAUUUUGUUGUGUUACAGCCUGAAUUCAACAUGGAUUAAAUAUAUUUUUCUCAGCAAUCUACACACAAUACCGCAUAAUGAGAAAGUGAAAACAUGUUUUAGCAAAUGUAUUGAAAAUGAAAUACAGCAAUAUCUAAUUUAAAUAAGUAUUCAUACCCCUAAGUCAAUACUUUGUUAAAGCACCUUUGGCGGCGAUUACAGCUUUGAGUCGUCUUGGGUGUCUGUAUCAGCUUUGCACAUCUGGAUUUGGGACUUCCACCCAUUCUUCCUUUCAGAUUUUCUCAAGCUCUGUUAAGUUAGAUGGGGAGUGGCGGUGAACAGCAAUCUUCAAGUCUUUGCCCAGAUGUUCAAUGGGAUUCAAGUCUGGGUUUUGGCUGGGCCACUCAAGGGCUUUUACAUUUUUGUUCUGAAGCCAUUCCAGCGUUGGUUUGGCUGUAUGCUUGGGGUCAUUGUCCUGUUGGAAUGUAAAUCUUCGCCCGAAUCCAAGGUCAUUUGCACUCUGAAGCAGGUACUCAUCAAGGAUUUGCCUGUAUUUGGCUCCAUUCAUUGUUCCCUCUAUCCUUACCAGUCACCCAGUCCCUGCUGCUGAAAAGCAUCCCCAUAGCAUGAUGCUGCCACCACCAGGCUUCACGGUUGGUAUGGUGUUAGACGGGUGAUGAGCUGUGCCUGGUUUUCUCCAGACAUAGCGGUAUGCGUUCAGGCCAAAGAGUAAAAUUAUUCUCAUUAGACCACAGAAUCUUUUGCCUUAUGCUCUGUCUUUCAUGUUCCUUUUUGCAAACUCCAGGCGUGCUGUCGUGCCUUUUUCUCAGGAGUGGCUUCUGUCUGGCCACUCUCCCAUAAAGCCCAGAUUGGUGACAUGUUGUAGAGACUGUUGUCCUUCUGGCAGGUUCUCCCAUCUCAGCCAAGGAACUCUGUAGUUCUGUCAGAGUGGUCAUUGGGUUCUUGGUCACCUCCCUGACCAAGGUCGCUCUUGCCCGGUUGCAGAGUUUGGUCGGAUGGCCAGUUCUAGGUAGUUCCAUAUUUUAUCAAUUUCCCAAUGAUUGAGACCACUGUGCUCUUGGAAACUUUCAACACUCUAGAAAUAGUUGUAUACCCUUCCCGAGAUAUAAGGGGAUACCUAGUCAGUUGCACAACUGAAUGCAUUCAACCGAAAUGUGUCUUCCGCAUUUAACCCAACCCCUCUGAAUUUUACAUUUACAUUUUAGUCAUUUAUCAGACGUUCUUAUCCAGAGCGACUUACAGUAGUGAGUGCAUACAUUUUCAUACUUUUUCUUUCGUACUGAUCCCCCGUGGGAAUCGAACCCACAACCUUUGCGUUGCAAGCGCCAUCAACUGAGCCACACGGGACCAGAUAUAUGCCUCAUCAAAAUUAUAUCUUGGUGAUCUACGGACAUUUCCUCGGACUUCAUCAUAUCGUUUCUGCUUUGACAUGCACUGUCAACUGUGGGACCUUAUAUAUAGACAGGUGUUUCUUUCUAAAUUUACAUUUACAUUUUCGUCAUUUAGCAGACACUCUUAUCCAUAGCGACUUACAAAUUGGUGCAUUCACCUUAUGAUAGCCAGUGGGACAACCACUUUACAACAUAUAUAUACAGUGGGGGAAAAGGUAUUUAGUCAGCCACCAAUUGUGCAAGUUCUCCCACUUAAAAAUAUGAGAGAGGCCUGUAAUUUUCAUCAUACAGUGAGGGAAAAAAGUAUUUGAUCCCCUGCUGAUUUUGUAUGUUUGCCCACUGACAAAGAAAUGAUCAGUCUAUAAUUUUAAUGGUAGGUUUAUUUGAACAGUGAGAGACAGAAUAACAACAAACAAAUCCAGAAAAACGCAUGUCAAAAAUGUUAUAAAUUGAUUUGCAUUUUAAUGAGGGAAAUAAGUAUUUGACCCCUCUGCAAAACAUGACUUAGUACUUGGUGGCAAAACCCUUGUUGGCAAUCACAGAGGUCAGACGUUUCUUGUAGUUGGCUACCAGGUUUGCACACAUCUCAGGAGGGAUUUUGUCCCACUCCUCUUUGCAGAUCUUCUCCAAGUCAUUAAGGUUUCAAGGCUGACGUUUGGCAACUCAAACCUUCAGCUCCCUCCACAGAUUUUCUAUGGGAUUAAGGUCUGGAGACUGGCUAGGCCACUCCAGGACCUUAAUGUCCUUCUUCUUGAGCCACUCCUUUGUUGCCUUGGCCAUGUGUUUUGGGUCAAUGUCAUGCUGGAAUACCCAUCCACGACCCAUUUUCAAUGCCCUGGCUGACGGAAGGAGGUUCUCACCCAAGAUUUGAUGGUACAUGGCCCCGUCCAUCGUCCCUUUGAUGCGGUGAAGUUGUCCUGUCCCCUUAGCAGAAAAACACCCCCAAAGCAUAAUGUUUCCACCUCCAUGUUUGACGGUGGGGAUGGUGUUCUUGGGGUCAUAGGUAGCAUUCCUCCUCCUCCAAACACGGCGAGUUGAGUUGAUGCCAAAGAGCUCCAUUUUGGUCUCAUCUGACCACAACAUUUUCACCCAGUUCUCCUCUAAAUCAUUCAGAUGUUCAUUGGCAAACUUCAGACGGGCAUGUAUAUGUGCUUUCUUGAGCAGGGGGACCUUGCGUGCACUGCAGGAUUUCAGUCCUUCACGGCGUAGUGUAUUACCAAUUGUUUUCUUGGUGACUAUGGUCCCAGCUGCCUUGAGAUCAUUGACAAGAUCCUCCCGUGUAGUUCUGGGCUGAUUCCUCACCGUUCUCAUGAUCAUUGCAACUCCAUGUGGUGAGAUCUUGCAUGGAGCCUCAGGCCGAGGGAGAUUGACAGUUCUUUUGUGUUUCUUCCAUUUGCGAAUAAUCGCACCAACUGUUGUCACCUUCUCACCAAGCUGCUUGGCGAUGGUCAUGUAGCCCAUUCCAGCCUUGCGUAGGUCUACAAUCUUGUCCCUGACAUCCUUGGAGAGCUCUUUGGUCUUGGCCAUGGUGGAGAGUUUGGAAUCUGAUUGAUUGAUUGCUUCUGUGGACAGGUGUCUUUUAUACAGGUAACAAACUGAGAUUAGGAGCACUCCCUUUAAGAGUGUGCUCCUAAUCUCAGCUCGUUACCUGUAUAAAAGACACCUGGGAGCCAGAAAUCUUUCUGAUUGAGAGGGGGUCAAAUACUUAUUUCCCUCAUUAAAAUGCAAAUCAAUUUAUAAUAAUAAUAAUAAUAAUAUGCCAUUUAGCAGACGCUUUUAUCCAAAGCGAUUUACAGUCAUGCGUGCAUACAUUUUUUUUGUUUAUGGGUGGUCCCGGGGAUCGAACCCACUACCUUGGCGUUACAAGCGCCGUGCUCUACCAGCUGAGCUACAGAGGACCUCAUUUAUAACAUUUUUGACAUGCGUUUUUCUGGAUUGUUUUGUUGUUAUUCUGUCUCUCACUGUUCAAAUAAACCUACCAUUAAAAUCAAAGACUGAUCAUGACUUUGUCAGUGGGCAAACGUACAAACUCAGCAGGGGAUCAAAUACUUUUUUCCCUCACUGUAGGUACACGUCAACUAUGACAGACAAAAUUAGAUUUUUUUUCUCCAGAAAAUCACAUUGUAGGAUUUUUUAAUGAAUUUAUUUGCAAAUUAUGGUGGAAAAUAAGUAUUUGGUCAAUAACAAAAGUUUCUCAAUACUUUGUUAUACACCCUUUGUUGGCAAUGACACAGGUCAAACGUUUUCUGUAAGUCUUAAUCUGUUAAUUAUUUAUGCAUAGUCACUUUAACUCUACCCACAUGUACAUAUUACCUCAACUACCUCAACUAGCCGGUGCCCCCGCACAUUGACUCUGCAAUGGUACCCCCCUGUAUAUAUAGCCUCCCUACUGUCACUUUAUUUUACUUCUGCUCUUUUUUUUUCUCAACACUUUUUUGUUGUUGUUUUAUUACUUUUUUUGUUAAAAAUAAAUGCACUGUUGGUUAAGGGCUGUAAGUAAGCAUUUCACUGUAAUGUCUGCACCUGUUGUAUUCGGCGCAUGUGACCAAUAAAAUUUGAUUUGAUUCACAAGGUUUUCACACACUGUUGCUGGUAUUUUGGCCCAUUACUCCAUGCAGAUCUCCUCUAGAGCAGUGAUGUUUUGGGGCUGUCGCUGGGCAACACGGAUUUUCAACUCCCUCCAAAGAUUUUCUAUGGGGUUGAGAUCUGGAGACUGGCUAGGCCACUCCAGGACCUUGAAAUGCUUCUUACGAAGCCACUCCUUCGUUGCCCGGGCGGUGUGUUUGGGAUCAUUGUCAUGCUGAAAGACCCAGCCACGUUUCAUCUUCAAUGCCCUUGCUGAUGGAAGGAGGUUUUCACUCAAAAUCUCACGAUACAUGGCCCCAUUCAUUCUUUCCUUUACACGGAUCAGUCGUCCUGGUCCCUUUUCAGAAAAACAGCCCCAAAGCAUGAUGUUUCCACCCCCAUGCUUCACAGUAGGUAUGGUGUUAUUUGGAUGCAACUCAGCAUUCUUUGUCCUCCAAACACGACGAGUUGAGUUUUUACCAAAAAGUUAUAUUUUGGUUUCAUCUGACCAUAUGACAUUCUCCCAAUCCUCUUCUGGAUCAUCCAAAUGCACUCUAGCAAACUUCAGACGGGCCUGGACAUGUACUGGCUUAAGCAGGGGGACACGUCUGGCACUGCAGGAUUUGAGUCCCUGGCGGCGUAGUGUGUUACUGAUGGUAGGCUUUGUUUACUUUGGUCCCAGCUCUCUGCAGGUCAUUCACUAGGUCCCCCCAUGUGGUUCUGGGAUUUUUGCUCACCGUUCUUGUGAUCAUUUUGACCCCACGGGGUGAGAUCUUGCGUGGAGCCCCAGAUCAAGGGAGAUUAUCAGUGGUCUUGUAUGUCUUCCAUUUCCUAAUAAUUGCUCCCACAGUUGAUUUCUUCAAACCAAGCUGCUUACCUAUUGCAGAUUCAGUCUUCCCAGCCUGGUGCAGGUCUACAAUUUUGUUUCCGGUGUCCUUUGACAGCUCUUUGGUCUUGGCCAUAGUGGAGUUUGGAGUGUGACUGUUUGAGGUUGUGGACAGGUGUCUUUUAUACUGAUAACAAGUUCAAACAGGUGCCAUUAAUACAGGUAACGAGUGGAGGACAGAGGAGCCUCUUAAAGAAGAAGUUACAGGUCUGUGAGAGCCAGAAAUCUUGCUUGUUUGUAGGUGACCAAAUACUGAUUUUCCACCAUAAUUUGCAAAUAAAUUCAUAAAAAAUCCUACAAUGUGAUUUUCUGGAUUUCUUUUCUCAAUUUGUCUGUCAUAGUUGACGUGUACCUAUGAUGAAAAUUACAGGCCUCUCUCAUCUUUUUAAGUGGGAGAACAUGCACAAUUGGUGGCUGACUAAAUACUUUUUCUCCCCACUGUAUAUAUAUAUAUAUAUAUAUAUAUAUAUAUAUAUAUAUAUAUAUAUAUAUAUAUAUAUAUAUAUAAAAAAAAAUUGGGAGGGGGAGGGUAGAAGGAUUACUUUUAUCCUAUCCCAGGUAUUCCUUAAAGAGGUGGGGUUUCAAGUGUCUCCGGAAGGUGGUUUGUGACUCCGCUGUCCUGGCGUCUUGAGGGAGCUUGUUCCACCAUUGGGGUGCCAGAGCAGCGAACAGUUUUGACUGGGCUGAGCGGGAACUGUGCUUCCGCAGAGGUAGGGGGGCCAGCAGGCCAGAGGUGGAUGAACGCAAUGCCCUCGUUUGGGUGUAGGGACUGAUCAGAGCCUGAAGGUACGGAGGUGCCGUUCCCCUCACAGCGCCGUAGGCAAGCACCAUGGUCUUGUAGCAGAUGCGAGCUUCAACUGGAAGCCAGUGGAGUGUGCGGAGGAGCGGGGUGACGUGAGACAACUUGGGAAGGUUGAACACCAGACGGGCUGUAGCGUUCUGGAUGAGUUGUAGGGGUUUAAUGGCACAGGCAGGGAGCCCAGCCAACAGCGAGUUGCUGUAAUCCAGACGGGAGAUGACAAGUGCCUGGAUUAGGACCUGUGCCGCUUCCUGUGUAAGGUAGGGUCGUACUCUGCGAAUGUUGUAGAGCAUGAACCUACAGGAUCGGGUCACCGCUUUGAUGUUAGCGAAGAACGACAGGGUGUUGUCCAGGGUCACACCAAGGUUCUUUGCACUCUGGGAGGAGGACAGAACGGAGUUGUCAACCAUGAUGGCGAGAUCAUGGAGCGGGCAGUCCUUCCCCGGGAGGAAGAGCAGCUCUGUCUUGCUGAGGUUCAGCUUGUCCAAACAAUUGAAUUGGCCGCAGGUGUACUCCAAUCAAGUUGUAGUGACAUCUCAAGGAUGAUCAAGGGAAAUUGGAUGCACCUCAGCUCAAUUUGGAGUGUCAUAGCAAAGGGGUGUGAAUACUUAUGUAAAUUUAGAUGUUUAUGUACUUCAUUUUCAAUAAAUGUGCAAACAUUUCUAAAAACAUGUUUUCACUUUGUUGUUAUGGGGUAUUGUGUGUACAGUCGUGGUCAAAAGUUUUGAGAAUGACACAAGUAUUGGUCUUCACAAAGUUUUCUGCUUCAGUGUUUUUAGAUAUUUUUGUCAGAUGUUACUAUGGUAUACUGAAGUAUAAUUACAAGCAUUCCAUAAGUGUCAAAGGCUUUUAUUGACAAUUAUAUAACGUUUAUGCAAAGAGUCAAUAUUUGCAGUGUUGACCCUUCUUUUUCAAGACCUCUGCAAUCCACCCUGGCAUGCUGUCAAUUCACUUCUGGGCCACAUCCUGACUGAUGGCAGCCCAUUAUUGCAUAAUCAAUGCUUGGAGUUUGUCAGAAUUUGUGGGUUUUUGUUUGUCUACCCGCCUCUUGAGGAUUGACCACAAGUUCUCAAUGGGAUUAAGGUCUGGGGAGUUUCCUGGCCAUGGACCCAAAAUGUUGAUGUUUUGUUCCCCCGAGCCACUUAGUUAUCACUUUUGCCUUAUGGCAAGGUACUCCAUCAUGCUGGAAACAGCAUUGUUCGUCACCAAACUGUUCUUGGAUGGUUGGGAGAAGUUGCUCUCGGAGGAUGUGUUGGUACCAUUCUGUAUUCAUGGCUGUGUUCGUAGGCAAAAUUGUGAGUAAGCCCACUCCCUUGGCUGAGAAGCAACCCCACACAUGAAUGGUCUCAGGAUGCUUUACUGUUGGCAUGACACAGGACUGAUGGUAGCGCUCACCUUGUCUUCUCCGGACAAGCUUUUUUCCGGAUGCCCCAAACAAUCGGAAAGGGGAUUCAUCAGAGAAAAUGACUUUACCCCAGUCCUCAGCAGUCCAAUCCCUGUACCUUUUGCAGAAUAUCAGUCUGUCCCUGAUGUUUUUCCUGGAGAGAAGUGGCUUCCUCGCUGCCCUUCUUGACACCAGGCCAUCCUCCAAAAUUAUUUGCCUCACUGUGCGUGCAGAUGCACUCACACCUGCCUGCUGCCAUUCCUGAGCAUGCUCUGCACUGGUGGUGCCCCGAUCCCGCAAGUUAAUCAAAUUUAGGAGACGGUCCUGGCGCUUGCUGGACUUUCUUGGGCGCCCUGAAGCCUUCUUCACAACAAUUGAACCUCUCUCCUUGGAAGUUCUUGAUGAUCCGAUAAAUGGUUGAUUUAGGUGCAAUCUUACUAGCCGCAAUAUCCUUGCUUGUGAAGCCCUUUUUGUGCAAAGCAAUGAUGACAGCACGUGUUUCCUUGCAGCUAACCAUGGUUAAGAGGAAGAACAGUGAUUUCAAGCACCACCCUCCUUUUAAAGCUUCCAGUCUGUUAUUCUAACUCAAUCAGCAUGACCGAGUGAUCUCCAGCCUUGUCCUCGUCAACACGCUCACCUGUGUUAACGAGAGAAUCACUGACAUGAUGUCAGCUGGUCCUUUUGUGGCAGUGCUGAAAUGCAGUGGAAAUGUUUUUUUUGGGAUUAAGUUCAUUUUCAUGGCCAAGAGGGACUUUGCAAUUCAUCUGAUCACUCUUCAUAACAUUCUGGAGCAAAUUGCCAUCAUAAAAACUGAGGCAGCAGACUUUGUGAAAAUUUCAUAUUUGUGUCAUUCUCAAAGCUUUUUCACGACUGUAGAUGGGUGAAAAAAGUAUAAUAUUGAAUCGAUUUUGGUCUCAGGCUGUAACACAACAACAUAUGGAAUAAGUCAAGGGGUAUGAAUACUUUAUGAAGGCACUGUACAUUGUAAAAUGUAUUUUUUAUACACUGUUUAUACACAUAACUGGACAGGUCAAAGCUAUGCAGUGCUGUUUCACCAAUCAGAAAGGGUUUCGAUCAGUGAGUAAGGAUGUAUUAUUAGUAUUUUUACCCUCAUGCUGUGAUAACAACACCCUCUCUGUGUGUCCGUUGACUGCACAAAUCACCCACAGGGACAACUAUUUCUGUCAGGAAGAAAAUCCAUUAUUAACCUGCCCUCUCCAUCUUGCAGGGCGAUGCACGUUAUCUGAUCAGUAACUCUAAGGACCAGUCCAUCAAGCUGUGGGAUGUGAGGAAGUUCUCCCCCAAGGAGGGCUUGGCGGCCUCACGGCUGGCCGUUACCCAGCAGAACUGGGACUACCGCUGGCAGCAGGUGCCCCAGAGAGGUGAGAGGCCUGGGGUGGAAGAGGGUCAGGGUGUUUGGGGUAGGGGAUUAUGGACGUUUGAGGCAAAAAGGUUAUUGUACAGUACUGGUUCCUCUUCUAUCUUAGAUUAGCAAGUGGGCCACUCCAACUCCACUCCAACUGCAAUCUUCAAUCAUAACGUACUAUGCAAGUAUGCAUGAUGAUUAAAUCGAUCCAACCAUUAUUAUAAUAUAUUUUUUACUUUGUAACCCAUUUCCUCCCCAAUUUCGUGAUAUCCAAUUGGUAGUUACAGUCUUGUCCCAUCGCUGCAACUCCCGUACGGACUCGGGAGAGGCGAAGGUCGCGAGCCAUGCGUCCUCCGAAACACGACCCUGCCAAGCCGCACUGCUUCUUGACACACUGCUCGCUUAACCCGAAAGCCAGCCGCACCAAUGUGUCAAAGGAAACACUGUACAGCUGGUAACCGAAGCCAGCGUACAUGCGCCCGGCCCGCCAUAAGGAGUCGCUAGAGCGCGAUGGGACAAGGACAUCCCGGCCGGCCAAACCCUCCCCUAAUCCGGACAGCGCUGGGCCAAUUGUGCGCCGCCUCAUGGGUCUCCCGGUCGGCUGCGACACAGCCUGGGAUCGAACCCAGGUAUGUAGUGAUGCCUCAAGCACUGUGAUGUAGUGCCUUAGACCGCUGUGCCACUCGGGAGGCCGAUCCAACCAUUAUUGCAACAUUUAUUUGAAGAUUUGUAGGGCUUUUGGGCUGGGUUUGGCAACCUGGCUCCCAUCACUACUCUAGAUUUAACAUUUGCAUUCAGAACAUCUCAUAAUUGCUUUAUCAAGUAUUGAUGACAUGGGUCUACCUACAGUUAACACUGGGAAUUGCUAGGGACCUCUCGAUAUGAUAUUAUCACGAUACUUAGGUGCCGAUACGAUAUGUAUUGCGAUUCUAUACGUAUCAUAAUUCUAUAUGUUUUGCAAUUCGAUGUUCCAAACAUAUUGCUCAUUAUAUGUCUGCUGCCGAGGGACAAGACAAAGCUAUACAAAAAAGUUUUUUGGAGGUGAAAGUGCUCAAAACAUGUUGGCUCACCAUUUAAAGCUGAAAUCCUUAAUGAUGAAACAGCCACGUCCAUUUGUGAUAUUACAACAACAAAGAAGUUACUGCUAACAGCGAACACUGUUUUUCCCCCUCUGACAUCAUUGCACGCGUGAUAGAAGAGCACAGUAUGUACUGCAAUUUAUUUUACCAUGCUGCGCAACGCUCCUCAGCUCGGCAACAAAAACAAUGAUGGUGGGGUGGCAAGUGGCGCUGUUUCCCCCUACUGCGGAUUCCAUCUUUAAAAAUAAGAUUGAGAACUAGCUAUAGGACAUAGAGAUAGUUAGAGGCACUAUUGAGGCCAUCUCUAUUUUGAAGUAGUCCAUUUUCUUCUACUUCUAUGAGUUGGUAAACAAACUGAAAGGGUGCACACGGCCAUCUAGAGUGUGUUGUUUGAACCGGUAUAAAGCCAAGGUUGGUGAUUUACUGCCACCUGCAGUUAUGGAAUGUUUCCUCACGAGUAUAAUCCAUUGGCUGAUCCCUCCUGGUGACCUGGAUGGAAUUAUGUGAUCCUUCCUUAACCCAUAGGAAGUCCCACCCAGUUGACUGCUUGAAAAUGGUGAAAGUCCUCAGUGGCGCUGCCCAUGCUAUAACAGGCUUUUGGGCACUAGAGUCCUCUAUCUCUAUGCUAUACGGUGCUAAAUACCAGCAUUUUGGCACAGGUAUAUCCGAAUAGCUAACGUUAACCAAGCAAAAAUACGUUUAAAAAAUAUGCGCUAUUUGGAGGCACAGUAUCGAUAUAAAAUGGCCAAAAAUAAUAUCGCAAUACUCUACUGUAUUCAUUUUCCCCCCAUCCCUACCUACAGUCAAUGUUCCCUCUAAGCUGUGCAUGUGCGCGUGCGCAGUACAUUUACAUUUACGUCAUUUAGCAGACGCUCUUAUCCAGAGCGACUUACAGUUAGUGAGUACAUACAUAUUUGUAUUUAUUUUUCAUACUGGCCCCCCGCGGGAAUCGAACCCACAACCCUGGCGUUGCAAACACCAUGCUCUACCAACAUCCCUGCCGGCCAUUCCCUCCCCUACCCUGGACGACGCUGGGCCAAUUGUGCGCCGCCCCAUGAGUCUCCCGGUCACGGCCGGCUACGACAGAGCCUGGAUUCGAACCAGGAUCUCUAGUGGCACAGCUAGCACUGCGAUGCAGUGCCUUAGACCACUGCGCCACUCAGUAGCCCCGAGACUGCCGCAUAGAAAUAUCAGCCCACAGACAGAAGCACGAGAUUGAACUUUACUCAACUUUCUAGAGCAGUAGUCACCAACUGGUCGAUCUCCAAGGCAUUCCUAGUCGAUGGCUCAGAUUACCGUGUCUGCCGUAACGUAGCAGACAUAAAAUAAAGCUACAGCAAAGUUGAUAUUUCAAAACAUUUAAAACUAUGACUAGAGAGAGACUGUCAACGAAUACAGCAAAGAACUGCUGUUUUUAUGCAUGAGAUCAUGUUUAAGUUCUUACUCAACACUGUCAACACUUAAAAAAAAAAAACUUUUAUAAGCCAUAAAAUGUGCAUUCUUCCUAUUUCCACUCAGCGCUAAAAAAAACACUGCAGCAGUAAUGAAUGAGUACAAAAGUGUAUCUAUAGGCUUGCGUUGUUAUUAUUAGCGGCUUGGGUCUUUUUUAAUAUCGAGGAAUAUUUAUUUCACUUUCUCUGUUCAUAGGAGUAACAACAUGAAUUUGUGCAUGAGGCAGAAAUAAUGCAGUGCGACUCGAGUUUGGCCAUCAGCUGGAAGACUGUGUCCUUUUUUGGUCAGUGUCAGUGGAGGAAAGGGAGAGCGGAGGGAUGUUGAGAGGCGGACCCUCAGUCUGCUGCUCUCUCCCUCCGCUGAGACUGACCAAUAAAAAGCAAAUUAUUUAAAUGUAUGCUCACUCAGCUGUGCCUCACAAGUAAUACAACAACUGAUCUAUUACCGGUGUGAUCAUAUAGCCUACCAUAAAUGUUUAAAAAUCAUUUUAAAAAAUGGCCCAAACAAAAAUGCAGGGCAAUUCAAGCAAAGCUAAUAUGCAGUGAUAAUGUGUUGGGCCUAUAGCUUACUGCACAAACCUCAUUGCUACAGUACUGUUUUUAAUUGGUUUAUGUUGCAUAGGCUUACGUUUUUUAUGUUAUAAAACAAUUCUGAGUGGUAGAUCUUGGCUUAUAUUUUGACUCAAAGUGAUCUUGACUCAGAAAAGGUUGGUGACCACUGUUCUAGAGUUUUCCCUGUUAACACUAUCAACGUUUCCCUUUACUGUGGCAAUUGUGAUCGAAUCAACGCAAUAUUAGCUACUUCCAAUGCAACAUACCGAAACAAAAUGAACUAUGCAAGAAAUGUUGUUGUAGGCAGACCGCAUCCGAGUAGGAUUCUAUUGCAAUGACGGGCACUACUCAGCCCGUACUCAACACAGACUGGUGCGGCAUAAACAAUCAGAGCUGCAGUAGGCCUAUAUGCAAAUAGACCAUUGCCAUAUAUGGAUCUGUGCCAUUUACGUUGAACUGGACUGUGUUUACAGCAUGAGCGGUCACGAGUAGAUGCGCUUGUUUUGAGAUCAAAGUGAGAGCUGCAUGUAGCCACGUGCACAUUUUGUUCUUCUCCUUUGCUAGUUAGUGAGUUAUUAGCCCAGUUAUAGAUAAUUUGUAGUCAGCAAUAGGGUAGUGAUUGCUUCCUACAAGAGCACAAAACAUGUACAUUUCUCGACACCUUUGAAAUGCGAGUCAGGUGAAUUGCUUUUUUUUUUUGUCUUAAAGGGGCAGUGUUGUAUUUUGAGACAGGCUUGAAUAAGCUAAGUAGCCAAUAGGCAGAGGGUAGCAUAAUUUGUCUGAUUCUCUUUAAUAAUGGUAUGGGAAUAAUUAUGCAUUUUAUUUUGUAAAGUGGUUUCUUGCAUCAAACAACACAUUUUCAGUCAUCUCCUUGUCUGAAGGACAAGUGGAUAAAUAGUUUGUCAAGCCCUGCAUGUUUUUUUUUUUUUUAAGUCUCAUGGAAUGUAGGCCUACAUUGAACACCACACAUUGGCUGCUACUGUAGGCUGAAUGAUAGACCAGCUAUUUCCAUGUUAAAAUGUUAUGGGAUGCAUUUUCGCAUUGUUUUUGAUGGUAGUCCACUUUGGUAGGCCUACAUUAUGAUCAAAUAGCCACAGUAGCCUACAUGGCCACUGUUAAAACAGUAAUUUAAAGCUGGUACAGCAUCAGUGAUCACCGUAAACAUGCGCUGGAAGUUGCACAGAAUUUUCACAAUGUUCAAGUUUUCGCUCAGCAGACCUGAAAUUAGAGGGAACAUUGCCUCUACAGUAUCUUUGAGCAUUCAUCCUCUACUACACGUCCUAUUGUAAAUAUUUAGCCAUAAGGCAGCUGUAUUUGACUGUGUAAAUAGCAGGCAGUGUUGACUGACCUGUCGUUUGCCUGCUGUGCGUCUAUCCGCCUGUCCUCCCAGCCCUGAAGAGACACAAGCUGACCGGCGACACCUCGGUGAUGACCUACAGGGGUCACGGUGUUCUGCACACGCUCAUACGCUGUCGUUUCUCCCCGGAGUUCACCACCGGACAGAGGUUCAUCUACACCGGCUGCUCCACUGGGAAGAUCAUCGGUGAGUCACUACAUUUACAUUUUACAUUUUAGUCAUUUAGCAGACGCUCUUAUCCAGAGCGACUUACAUGAGCAAUUAGGGUUAAGUGCCUUGCUUAAGGGCACAUCGACAGAUUUUUCACCUAGUCGGCUCAGGGAUUAGAACCAGUGACCUUUCGGUUACUGGCACAACGCUCUUACCCACUAAGCUACCUGCCGCCCCACUAUGCCUGGGUGUGGAUGUGUGUGUGCGUGCAUUGCGUGUGUGUGUUGAAGAGAGAAAUAUAGUUGGAUUCUGUUUGUUUGUGUAAAAUGUAAAGUGUGUACAUAUCUGUGUGGGAGAGAGAAAUAUUGUGUGUGUUUGUCAACACGUGUGCUAGAGGGAGUCAAAAGCAUUGUAGAGGGGUCUAACGGACUGUGUGUGUCCAGUCUAUGACGUGCUGACGGGCAGCGUGGUGACCAGACUCUCUGACCAUGAUGCGUGUGUGAGGGACGUCAGCUGGCAUCCCUACCAGGACAACAUCAUCAGCAGCUCGGUAAGUCUCUCUAGCUGGCUCUGCUCCACAGCACUGAGGGGUUGGCGUCAAUUCCAAUUCAUUUAAAUGUAUAUGAAUAAAUUGAAAAGUCUACAUAGACCAUUCAGAAUACCUAUCUCAUUAAAUCAAUGUGCUUGUAAGUUCUCUUAUCUUUCCUGUCAUUUAACAUACUGUUCCUUUUCCUCCCUCUUUCCCACUUCCCUCUCUUUUUUUCUAUUUCUCUCAUACUAUAUCUCUUUCUUUUUCUUUAUUUCUCUCAUACUAUAUCUCUUUCUUUUUCUCUAUUUCUCUCAUACUAUAUCUCUUUCUUUUUUUCAAAUCCUUCACAGUGGGACGGAGCAGUGCGUGUUUGGGAGCACAGGCAGACCCACCCGCUGGAUGAGGAGAGGGACAGGGACUGAAAAAAGGACGGGAAGUGAUGAUGUCAUAGGUGUGGGACAGCCUGACUGUGUCAGUCAGUGACAUCACUCUCAGGAGAGGUGGAACCACAACAGAGGGAGAGAGGGAAAGAACAAGCUCACAGAGCAAACCGUGAAAUCUCAUUGAUUCAAUGCUGGAAAACAAUAAUUAUAGUGUGAUUGUGAAGUGUUAAUCUCCCAAUUCUACCUUCUUACUUCUCUGUGUUCGUGCAGAAGCCAUUAUUACCCCCCCUUUAUUCGCCAAUCUGCAGAGAACGGCAAAGUUUUAGCGAGACAGUUGAGGCAUUGUCUUCUGACAGGUGGCGUUACUCCUACAGAGCACUAGUCCCUCCACCGACAGUGCAGACAGAACCACGCUAUCUGACUUUAAGACAAUGACAGUUAAGGAGAGUUGAUGUCUCUUCUCAUGCACCUAAGUAUAGGCUAAAGAAGGCUAAAGCCUUUUCUAAGUUGAGCUGGAGUCUUUUAUGCAGGACCUAUUAAAGCUCAAAGCUAACUAAACGCUUGCUCUGAGAGCCCCCAACAAGCCUCUUAACCACAGUAUGUUUUUGUUGCUUUGAGUAAAAAGCAUCACCCAAAUAAUGUAUGCUGUAUGUAGAAGAAAACAAUGUUAUAAAUUACAGGCGAAUUGUGAACGGCCACAAAGACUUAUGAUGAUAAUUCUGUAUAAGAUAUAAUACUUUAAUGGUAUUAAUGUCACGGGGUAAGAAUAACUUAUUUUGUAGUCCAAUGUAAACAAUUCCAAUUCAAAUAUUUGAAUUUGUGAAUAAUGUGUGUUGGGGUUUAAGACCGGGUGUGGUUUGGGGGAGGGUGUGUGUGUACGCGUGUGGAUACCCACUGGACAAAAACUGGUUUCCAUGUAAUAAAAAAUAAAACAAUUUAUGUGAUGUUGAAUCAACAUGGAAAACUGAUUUGGAUUUACAAAAAGUCAUCAACGUAAGGGAAUUUCAUGUUUUUUUCACAACUUUUAACCUAAAUCCAAUGAUGAAAUGCUUUGUUGAU